UCCGUCGCGUGCGCUUCGCCGUAUCGUUGCCUCGUGCCGGCCGGAUCGCGCGUUGAUCCUAACUACUUGCACCCGUCGCGUUCAUCGUUGAGUUCCGCUACUGUCGUCGUCGCGUCGUGUUCGCUUCUUGGUGGAUAGUUAAAGAGCAGCCAAAUGAAGAUUGCUAGUGCGAAUAGAAACCGAACGUCUCCUCUUUUAAUUUACUUUUUCAUUUGCAAAUAAUGAAUAAAAGUUGAGAGACUUUUUUGUCGUACGAUGAGAGGAAAAAAGGCUUGUGUGAAGAGUACGUAAAUCGCCGUCGCAUGUGAUUUUCUUUGAAAGUGUAUUCAAUUACAGUCUUCGCGAUUGUAACUUUAUUAUAUACGUCGAAGUAUGUUUGUGUUCAAGUAAUUACUGUACGAGCUUCAUCAGUACUUUUUCACUUCGUACGUUGUGGUAAUUAUAUUCAUAUAAGGUGACAAGUAAUUAACUUGAAAUUACGUUGGAUUCGAAAUGAUGAAUUCAUUUUUUUGUGGACUGUAUUGUAAAUAGGUUUGAAAUAGUGGCGGAUGGUUAAAGAUUUUCUUAAUAGACAACGCAUCUAUGAAUGUGUGCACGAUCAAUACAGCAAUAGGUGUUCCUCUGUUUAAUUUCGUUUCUAUAAUUUAUACAAUGCAGUCGAUUUUGUGCCGCGCGAGAGUAUAAUGGAAAACAAUUUCGUAGCUACUUUUUUUUUUCCGCAUUUCAGAAAUUAAAUAUAAUAAAUUUCACGAAUAUUGAAGACGUGAAUUAGUUAAGUUAGGUAUUAUAUAUCUUUUGUGCCGAAAGGAAUGAAACAAUUACAGGUACGACACACAGGGUAGCGAGAAUUUCCCGACAGUUAUACCGAAUUGCGAAUGUGAUAACUAAUAAUAGUCUCCCUGUUCCUAGACUUCAAAGCGAUUCUCAAUUAAGUUCCGUGAGAUUUACUCAGUCCUCUCUGAAAUUAAAAGCUGUGAAAAGAUUUUUGAAUUCAUCGAUAUUUUCCAGUGCUCGUGCAUAAAGGAAGUUCGACGGCAUUGUUUAAUACUGCGUUCAAACGAGUAAUCAAUAUCGGACACAAUCGUUCAUACAACUGCUCUCUCGAUUUUAGAGAAAAAACUUGAUUUUUCUUCGACUGUGAUAUUAAACUCGACUUCACAUUUGUAAAUAAAUUCUUGAUUCUCAUUCUGCUACGAAUUCUGAAUAAGAUACGUCACUUAGAAUUGUAAGUUGAUAGAAGGAAAAAAUGAAAGUAGAAAUUCUCGUUGAUUAUAAAGUGUUUAUCUGAAGGGAAAGCAUAAUGGAAGAGUCUAGUAUGAAUUUUCUCUCAUCUGGCAGCAUAAAAUUGAAAUUCCUGUACUUUCGAAGAAACGAUGGUGAGAAUGAUAAAGAACGAUAUUCAUAGGGAACUAGUUCAUCGCGAGUUCACGGAAAGUUUUAAUGAAAUCGCAAAAUACCGUGUUUUUACGCCAAAACGGUAAACACUCGGACUUUCAAAAGUUGCGAGCUCCAAAGUUAUACUCACUGCUUAAAAGUUACAAAAAGAAAACUGUUUUCUCGGGAAAAUAAACUAUUAACAGACGAACGAAUAGAGUGCGCGGAAGAAUUUUAGUUUACCGAAUGUAAGGUCAAGUACAUGUUCUUCGUUUCGCGUUUGCGAGAUACUUUUGACCAUGUUCAGUGAUAUGAAUAUGAAUGAACACGGUGAUUCCAUCAUGCGACAAGUUUACCAUAAACAGCUACCGUCGAUGGUUCUCCGGUGACGCGACGAUCAAGAUGACGGGCGUAGCGACGAGGGUCAUCGUCAACCACAUUUAUCUGCGCUGAAUAGCCAAAUGGAAGAUAAAACGUCAGCAUCAAAGCAACAUGAAUAAAAUCAAUAUCAAAAUUGCGUAUUUAUGCAAUGGACACAAAAAUAAAUUCUGCGUGGUGCACGAUAAGUGAAAUGAAUCGACCGUAAAAGUAGAUAAAUCGUAAACCGAAUAAUUGAAACGCAGCGUUUAAAUAUUCAUAAAUGUGAUAAGAUGUUGGGGAAUGAUAGUGCGUUUAACGAGGAAACCCGUGGCGAUUUUGUCAACUCUGGCAUUGAUCAAUGGUUCAUUAACAACGCGCCGCAACUAUCUACAAUGACAUCGAUUGUCGUGAACACCACGUUACCAUCGGUCCCACAUUCGGCGCAAUCGAAUUUACUGGAGAACUUGAUCGUGCCGCUGUAUGGGACGAUAUUUCUACUUUCCGUCGUGGGGAAUUCGUUGGUAUUGAUCACGUUGGCGCGAAACAAAAGGAUGCGGACUGUAACCAACGUUUACCUGUUGAAUUUGGCGGUCUCGGAUCUGCUACUAGGUGUUUUCUGCAUGCCGUUUACGCUUCUCGGACAGAUGCUAAAGAAUUUCGUCUUCGGCCUGAUGAUGUGUAAACUCAUAUCCUAUUUUCAAGCCGUGUCCGUGUCAGUAGGGGUUUGGACACUAGUCGCGAUUUCCUUGGAACGUUAUUUUGCAAUCUGUCGGCCGUUGAAGUCCAGAAGAUGGCAAACCCGAUUUCACGCUUACAAAAUGAUCGUCCUGGUAUGGACAGCCAGUCUUACCUGGAACGCACCGAUCCUCGUGGUAUCGCGGCUCAAAAGUUUACGUGGAGGUAGGCGUAAAUGUCGCGAGGAGUGGCCUAACGUCGAGACCGAGCGGGCGUACAAUCUGUUUCUAGACGGGACCCUUCUUUUAGUUCCUUUAAUCGUGAUGAGUCUGGCGUACUCUUUGAUCGCAGCGAAACUUUGGCGUGGUCUGCGCCAGGAGAUACGUCAAACGUCGUCCUGUCAACAACGUCUAGAGAAAAUGGAAUCGAGCGGAAGGAUGCGAAAUUCAACGUACGACAAAGAUGGUAAUCGUGGCGCAGACACCACUGUCGUCCUGAAUUCACGUGGCGCUUCCUCGAGAUUGAGACGAGGAUUUUCAGCCUCCAGUCACGGUUACAUCCAAGGAGCUUCGCUAGGACCGCCGUCAAGGACGCGCAUGCAACGGCCGAAGGUCUCCAGGGUGCUAGCUAGGAAAUGUGAGAGAUCGGAUUUUUCUCACGAAACGAGGGUUCCGGCCCGCGGCAAUGAUGGUAACUGCCUGUCAAGAGACGCGAAGGAUUCUACCAAUGAGGAACAACAAAAUACCAGCUACUCAUUCGACAGGCAACACGCUAUACGUAGCAACUACAUGACCAAGAGCAUCGAAGCCAAGAAGAAGGUGAUCAGAAUGUUAUUUGUGAUCGUGCUGGAGUUUUUCGUGUGCUGGGCGCCUUUGCAUGUGAUCAAUACCUGGUAUCUUUUUACUCCGGAACUGGUCUAUUCCAUGGUCGGUAGCACCGGUAUCAGUCUCGUGCAGUUACUCGCCUACAUUUCCAGCUGCUGUAAUCCUAUCACGUACUGUUUCAUGAACAGAAAAUUUCGACAGGCGUUCCUCAGUCUUUUCGACUGCCAUCGUUGCUGGAGAGUAGGAUGUCGAAACAGCGACAUCGCAAUGGCAACGAUCAGGAAUGCCACUCAAGUUGGGAACAACAGUGAACUAAGCGGAAACGAGUCAACGGUGUACCUAGCAAAAUCUUCUCUUCUCACCAGAUCCGAAGUGACGCGGCUCUUGGAGGAGGAGGACCGCGUGUAGUGCAGGCUGAACUCUUGUUACGAUCGAAAUCCGAGGGCGAACGUACCGUUGUUGCACAUCGGUGACAAACGAGAUGACUAUUUCUUAAAGAUAUCAUGGCGUCCUUCCACUGACAGAGUUCUGUUGCCUCGCUAACAAGAAUCCACGGUGUUACUCGUUGAGAGCAUCCCAGGUACACAGCGUGCGUACAACCUUGCUCUACUGACUGAUCAUGCAUUCCAAUCCUAUUUUCAAUUGGUAGAUACGUACAAAAGUUUUCAAGCAGUCGUAUAUUUCAAUCGCACGACGUAAGUGAUCUAUUAUUAAGUAUUUUAUACGAUAUGUCAAUGUCCAUUGAAUUAAAAAUGAUUUUAACAAACGAACGAGUAAUCUGCUUGAAAAUAAUAGUAAAUUUUGUAUUUAGAUUUUUUUCUUGUUUAGAAAUAAUACGUCCGGAUUUCGAUCUAUACAUUUUUAUGUGACUUGUAAACCAAUCUUUAUAAUACAUACGAAUAAAUAUUGAAUUUGAUUAACUACUUUUAUAGUAAACAGUUUUAAUACGUGUAGAUCUCGUCAGGUAAUUAAGUAUUCCGUUUCAUUUUGUACCAUGAUUGAAGUGCAACGAGAACAGUUUUAUAACACAAAACAUGUAAUUAUCUUUCGCAAGUUCUCAUUUCGUUAAAUGCGUCCGACUUUUAUCAAGCAUUCGCGUUUCUGUUACAGAGAAACGUGAUCGCCUGCGAAAUUAAUUUCUUGCACUCCGUACCAUAACGACCUCUCUUCGUAAAAAUAUUAUGUCGUUAUAAUUUCUGUUGAACGUAAUUUCCACGAAUGAAUUAAACGAACGUUUCACCAUUAAACGUAACGUGGAGAGCUAAAUAUUGGACUAAUUAAAUAAAAAUUAGCAAAUGGAAGGAUCUGGCAUGUUUCACAUAAAAACAUUAAAUCUGCGCUUAUUGAAAUAUUGAUUAUCGCAACGUCUACCAAUCUUGCUGUUUUAAAUACGCACCGGAAACUGCCGCAUAUAAUAUAAUCCAAAUACCGGGCAUAAAAAUUAACUUAUUAUUGGAAAAUGAAACUCGUCAUAUUUUUCGGUAUUUGUUGCUUGUUCAUCACGAAGUACAAAAUAGACAUGUUUAAAAGAUGUUUAGGAAUAACGAGAACUGGCGAUGCGGAUAAUACACCAUUGGAUCAUCCUAUAUGAAAUAUGUAUGAGGUGACAAAGAGACAGUAAAGAAUAACAGAAUGAGUAAAAUUGGACUUUUGAAUUGGUUCUGUGAACUGAAUGAAGAUUUUUAUUUUUAUGCAUGCUACGUAAUUAUUGUAUCAAGUGAAUAACUAUAAUUAUCUUAUGGGAUGACUAAUGAGAAUGACAAGUACAACUUUAUUGGCAUGUUAGAUUCAUAUUAGCUUCCCAGUUUAUGUUAUUAUAAAACGCUUGCCCACAAGCACUUCUGUAAAAACCGGAUUAAUCGUAAUCGAAAUUUGCAUCGAUGCAGAAUGCUGCGAUGUCUUCUCGUUGCAUAAGAUAAAGAUUUCAUCUAACUGUGAUAGUAAUAAGUAGUAAAAAUGUUCGUUAUUAUAUUUAAUGGCCAGAUUGACGCAAUAAGUACCUUUGAAUUUUUCUUUUUCUAGCCGAUGAGCUAUACGUAUAAUGUCGUAUUGCAUAAGUGAUGUAGAUAACUCACGCGACUCGAAAAUGUAUUAAAUGUCCUGACCCUAACAGAAAUGUCCCAUUCAUGUACAAUAUACAAUGGAGGUAAUAAAAAUCCCGAUUUAACCAUUAUCGGUAAUUGUGAUUGUAAGAAACAUAUUGAUGUAACAUACAUAUGUAUAUACUGAGAUUCCAUUAAAUAAAUACAUAAAUCUUUGAAUUUCGUAUGUACCAAGUCGUUGCAAUCGUAAUAGAAACCCGUUCCAAAUUCACGUUUAAAUUAGUAUUAUUACUAUGUACUAAUACUUAGACUGCGGAUUUUAUCCAUUUAU